AUGGCCUUCGAGAUCUUCCUGCCAGCCAUGGAGGCCCGCCUCCACCUGCAAGGACUUCGCGCCGCCACGCCGGAUCCCUCCAUCUCCCGCUUCCGCCCGACUCCCCCACCACCGCACCGCGCCCCAGCCCCGCGUUCCCGACGCCGCCCAGCACCGCCACCGGCCCGCCCCUCCCCGCCACCGCAGCACGCCCCUCCACCGUUCCAGGACGCGGCGCCGCCCCCUCCCCCAACCCUCGAGGCUCUUUCCCCUUCCCCCAACCCUAGCCGCCGCACGGAGCAGCCAUGCCGGCUGCACCUUCAGCGCCGGCGGCCGCCGCUCGUCCAUGAUGUGAAGCCAUCCCCGCCCUGCUCGCCUAAGUCUGCCGCCGUCGCGGACCGUCUCCUCCGUCCCCGACCACACAUCCCCGCCCUCGUCUGCCGCCAUCACCGACCGGCUCCUCCGUCCCCGACAAGUCAUCCCCGUCCUGCUCGCCGUCUUCCGCCGAAGAACCCGGCGGCUGUGUCGAUUCUCUGCCUCCCCGACCACCUCUUCCCAUUUUGCGAAGUUGUUUCGUCGCUGCGAGGGUCUGGUGUUCGACGACCUUCCCGUGCGUUCAACGAGCUCCGCCCCGACGUUCGUGGGCUGCCCAACGUGACAGAGCUGAGGAGGGCCGUCGUCGCACCGACGAGCAUGGUACUGGGAUGGAAGACAUGGUGGAAGACUUUGAUGAUGCUCGGGAUUCAGAUGAUGAGAUGAAGGAAUCUGCAAAGGCCUUCAAUGAUAUGUUGGAGUCUUCAAAACGUCCUCUCCACGAGCACACUGAGCUUUGUCAGCUGGAUGCCAUCGCACAAGUAAUGGCUCUAAAGGCUCAAUUCAACUUGGGCAGAGAAUACUACGACGCGGUGAUGGCACUAUUUGAACGCUUUCUACCCAAAGGUCAUGUAAUGCCUGCAAACCUGUACCAGUCGGCCAAAAUCCUCCGUGUACUUAAGAUGCCCUAUGAGAAGAUAGAUGCCUGUGAGAAAGGAUGUGCUUUAUUUAGGCUUGAGUAUGCGGACUUGAAGUAUUGUCCCGUUUGCUAGUCUUCCAGGUAUGUUGUGAUAGACAACGGUAUGGGUGAGAAGAGUCAGACAAAAAUCCCAGUUAAUGUUCUUCGGCAUAUGCUAAUCAUAUCAAGACUUCAACAUCUUUUCAUGGUCGAAGAGACGAUCAGACAGAUGACAUGGCACAAAUUGGGCAAAAGAACCAAACUGGAUGCAGAUGGGGAGCCGAUGUUGGUACACACAUCAGACGGUUUUGCGUGGAAGCGCUUCGAUGCAAUACAUCAUGCUAAAGUGGCAGAUCCAAGGCAUCCUCGAAUCGCCGUAAGCACGGAUGGGUUCAACGUGUUUGGUAUGAUGGCAGCCCAAUACAGCUGUUGGCCUGUAUUUGUCAUUCCACUCAAUCUUCCUCUCGGACAGAUUAUGCAAAGAAAGAACAUUUUCCUAACGUUGAUAAUUCUGGGGCCCAACUCUCCAGGGAAGAGUAUGAAUGUGUACAUGCAGCCGCUUAAGGAUGAAUUGCAAGAAGCUUGGGAUAAUGGGAUCAAUACAUACGU